AAACAAAUACAAGCAAAACCCUGACAUAUCAUGUCCAUUCAAACCGCUUGUUCCCCUUUUAUGUUAAAAGCCGUGAAUGCUUACAGCAAAGUGGCCAUUUAACACUGAACGAAGGGAAGCAGUUCAGAAGCAUAAAAGGCCGAAAGCAGGACUGCUUUAAAAUCGGGCGAAAAAUGAGGCACCGCUAAGGCCACCUGGCCCGCGCCCAGCUGUGCAGCAGGCGCUCUCGGCUCUACCCACUGCGCUCUGCAGACUCCAGGUUUACUCUGCUGCUGCUUUCCCUUUUCCUAUACGCUGAGGCAGAGUCGGGACUCCUUUUCUGUGAGUUUAAGGAUGUUGUGAAAAUAAGGUCAGCCACUGUUUGCUGUCAUCCAUGGAAGGGCUCUUAUUAACCGCCUCAGACUUUUGGGACCUAUGAUUCUUUGGCAGGACCCUUCGGAAAGUUCUCAAACGGAGAUGGAGCAAACUUGACUGAAGUCGUGGAAAAAGAAGACGGAUUUGUGUUUUUCAUGCUGACAAAAAAAUAUAGCUGCUAUGACUUUUCUGUCAACGUGGACAGGGGCCAAGUGAAGCUGAGCUGGUCAUGUUCUGUCGCCCAGUGUCCCUUUGUCGUCGGCGAUUUUGCCCCCGGCCCUUCUUGGUGGGCUUGGUGGUGGCAAUCUGUCUCUUCUACCAGACCCUGACACUCCGAGGGACGAGGAAGCUCACAGCUAAUGUCCCUGGGACUGCCGGCCCCACACCCACUGAAACCCAGGCAAGUGGAUGCAAGAAAGGAUUUUCCCUGGACAGACAGUGCUUUCUUCUCUCCAGUAAUGCACAGGAAAUCAGAAAGAUCAAAGAGUCAAUUGAGACACACUUUGGCAGCCAUGGCAGAAGCGCCAUACUCCUCAGGCCUCCUUCCUACAGCAAAACAGAGCUUCAGAUCCACCAGCAUCUUCUCACUCAGCAUCGCUAUAGCGUUGUCAUUGCUGAAAAAAGGCUCCAUGCCGGCCUCGGGCUGGGGCUGCUGGAACAAGGUGAUUUAGGCUCUUGGGAUCUGCUCAUUUGCCUGUCUUCUAGGAAAGCUGAUGAAAAACCCUGCAUAUCCAAGGAGGAUCUGUGCCAUUUAGGUUUACGUCAAAAGGUAAACAUAUUACCAGAAAUACAGCAUCAGCUUUGCAGAAAGGAAGGAUUAUGUCAAAUAAUUAGAAGAUUUCCAGAAUUGCAACUUCCAGUGAAUCCCUCUGUGUGUCUGGAUCAGGGAAUACAUCUAAAGCCGAGUACUUCGAGUCACCUUAUAAAAUCAGUGAAGCUACAUAUGUGGAAACCAGGGGAUUGGAGACGUGAACAGCUGAAUCAAACAACAGUCCUUGCUCCAUAUGAAACAAUUUUUCGAGCCGAAGACCUAACUGUGAUUCUUAAAGCAUAUGUGUUGGUGACAUCCUUGACCCCGUUGCGUGCAUUCAUUCAUUCAACUGGCACGGUUUGGAAUCCACCAAAGAAAAAACGCUUCACUGUCAAGCUGCACACAUUUUUUGAGACAUUCCUGAGGGCCAGCUCACCUCUUCAGGCUUUCGAUCAUAUGAAGGAAGCAAUUAGCAAACUCCUGCUAGCUGCUGAAGUAUUCAGUGACACAUCUAUUCUGGGACCAAAGACCUUUGAUAGAUGCAGAUCAUGUUUUCAGCUUUUAACUUUUGAAAUAGGAUACAGCAGUUUCAGGCACCCUGUAGUGCUCCAGGUGCAUGAGCAUUUAAAUUUUCAAGAUGACGAUAAUAUGGAUUCUGAGGACCAAAAUACAGAAGAAUUCCUUUUAAAAGACACUUUCGAUUUUCUCUUCUCUAAUGAAUCUUCACUUUCCGUAUUUACUGAGAUAUUUCAGAGACUUUAUAGAUCAGAUGUAUUAAAGGGUGAAAACUAUCAAAAGGAGCUAAAUCAAUGUCUGUCUUUAGAGGAAAUUAACUCAAUUAUGACUUUCAUUAAGGAACUUAGGAGUCUGGGACAAUUCCAACUGCUCUUCCCGUCUACUACUCCUGGGAUUCAAUCUCUGAUGCGUGAAUUUUAUGAUAUCGAAAAUCCUAUGGGAAAUCCUGGCUCAGUACUGACCCAAUACCAGUCUCUUUUAAAUGUAUUUGAACAAUUUCAGCUUAUGAAUAAAAAGGCACAGCUAUAUCCGCUGGAAUGGAAUUCUUUCACAGAGGAUAAGAACACUGAAAAACCACAAGUUCCAUUUGAUACAAUUGAAAAGAAAAAAGCUACAGUUCCACAAAUUAUGAAUGAAAAUGAAGAAAUACAUUGUAGUGAGGAUAAAGACACACUGUGUCAUAUCAAGCAGAUCUUCACACAUCCACACUUGGAGCUAAGUCCUGAAUUUAAUCCAAAAAUCAAAGACUAUUACUCUGAAGUCCCAUUUGAUGUGGUAACAGUGACAAUUGGAGUGGAGACUUCUAAGUGUCAGUGCAAGGUGCACCUGCAUGAGCAGGCAGGGCCAAGCUUUGCUAACUACUCUCUGGGUUUAGGAAUGAACAAGAUUUCAAUAUUUGUGGUGGAUGAAUCUCCAGUACAGGGUGAGACUCUGAUCACGUACAAACUCACCAUUUAUAGAGAAGACCGCCCAAGUCUACCCUUGUUUGAGGACUUCACAGCAUGUGGUUUUGUGCAGGAUUGUGGUUUGCUGAUUCACCCGGAGGAAACCUGUGGGUUACAGCCUAUUUCUUCUGACUACAUUGAAGCUGUUUCACAGCCUGAACUAAAGAUUUGUCCAUCUGGGGACACGAAAGGCCAGUGGAUUGUGCCGUGCCUAAGUUGUUCAGACAACAGGACCUGUGACUGGAGAGAAAUAACGUGGCAGCCCCACAACUGCCAAUAUGGUGUCCUAACUAAGCCCCAACUCCAGCAGUGCCUGAGAGGAAGGAAGAUUCUUUUUAUUGGAGAUUCAACCAACAGAGGGAUCAUGUACUAUCUGAUUGAAAGAGUGAAUGAAACGUUGCAGGAAUGGCAGAAGGUGCAUGGCACUAAAUUCUAUCACGUCAAUGGUGGGAAGACUUUGAUCAGUUAUUCCUACUAUCCCCAGUUCUGGAUAAGCCCGUCAUUGAGACCAACAUUUGAAAAAGCACUUGAACAUCUCUUGCAAAGAUCACGUCCCCUAGAGAAUACCAGCCAGACUGUACUGGUUGUUGGUGGUGUCCAGUGGCUUAAUUCCAAUCACCUGCAAAUUAUUCACAAGAUUUUGAAGAGGGAAAAUUUGCUCAAUAUCCUAGUGAUCAUCAAGACUUUGGGAAUUGGAUUUCAUCUACCAGUGGAUGGAGUGCAUUUCUUAACACAGAGUGAAGUACAGAACUUAUGGAAAGAAAAUUUGAUCAUCCUGGAUGCUGCAAAAAAAUAUGGCUAUGAAGUAGUGGACACAUUCGCUAUAACAAUGGGGCGAUACAAAGAGUUUCUGCAGGGGAAGUGUGGAUGUCAUUUCCAUGAGGUAGUGAAACCGAAGUUAUCCAAAGACUAUCACUUUCUUAAAAUGAAAAGAUCAAGGAAUCAUGUUGUGGGAAAAUAUUUCAACAAUCAAAGCAAGCUACAACAACAACAACAAGACUCUGUAACAAAUGUUCUAUCAUCAUAUCAUGUCAGAGGUCCAAUAAAUCAAGUUUGUUCUGAAAUCCUUCUCAGCAGGAUGUGUGAGAGGAAAGAAACUGUGUAGGCUCCCCGCAGGAAAACUGAAUUUGGAGUUGGAGACAAGCCGCUCACCAGGACAAUGGUCUGGGAACCAAACCUUGAGCAUUGCGUGCAUUUUUGGAUUGACCGCACACCCUCAUACAGCUGCAAAUAAAUAAAUAAAUAAAGGGGUGGGAUAAUAGCACUUUUGUCUUACAGCUUUAUAAAAGUCAAUAUUUGAACUUGAGCAUCAGUUCAUUUCAGACUGAAAGACAGAGCUAGAAAAAGUUUACUUGAAAUAUAAACUAGGACCACUGUGGGCCCAGUAUUGCAUUGUGAAAAUAAGGAGAAAUAUAGACACUUGAAUUACAUGGAAAAGAGGAUAAUGCUCUUUAGUCUUGGAUUAUCUUCUCUAUAGGUACAUUAAUAUUGAAAAGGGAAAAAAGUGAUUACAUUCCACCCGCAAGUAGAGGUUGCACUUGUAUUCUUUAUCAGGAGAAAAUGUAUUUAUGAUGCCUUAGGCUUGUGAAUCUAACGCCAUUCUUUUUAAAUUUUAUAGCUGAAAGGGAAAGAAUAGGAAUGCUCCAUAAGAGAAUUUGAAGAGAUUCUAUGAAAGAGAGGAGAAGUGAAAUAUUUUACAGUUAAAACACCAAUAUAUUAACUUUGCACUUGUGUUUUUCGUAAACAUUCCCUCCCGUCCUGUCUGUGAACUUAGAAGGGUAACUGCAGUGUAAAUUGAUGAAAAACAUAAUUUCAAACUGAACAAAAAAUAGUUCCUCAUGUAUUACUUUAUUAUGUUUCAUUGAUAUUAAGAAAGCUUUUGUUUGCCAUUAUAGCACUAUGUAAUGUAAGAUUACAAUUACAUUUUAUGUAAAUAUUUUGCAAAGGAUUUAGCAUUCUUAAAUGCAUAGGCAUUUUUUUUCAGAAAGUAUUUUUAUAUGUCCACAAAUAGUACUAUGUUACUCGUAUCUAUAUUUUGAUUUCCUGAGCAACUGUAUCUAACCAAAAUUUAGAGUAGGCAUAAAAUUAUUUUUUAAUUAAAACUGUGGCUAGUAUUGAUAACUUUCUCUUCCAUUUUUUAGGUUCAAAAUGAUAAAUUUCCUUACUAUACAAAAGCUUUUUUGUGAGACAACAUCUCACAGUUACAAUGGCUUUUAAAGGAUUAUUUUUCUGUUGGGGGGGAAAAAAGCUGAAAGGGUUAAUUCAAUACAUGGCUGAAAAUACCAAAUGUACAAAUACCUCACUUUCAUUACCAUAUAAAAAAUAAAACUAUUUUAAUGAAUCACUUCCUCAGUAUGAAUAUCCACCUCCUUUAAACAAUCUAUUUUUAUAUGUAUUUUUAUAUAAGCAUAAACAUAAAUUU